GUUUGAUUUCGAAUACUUGUUCAAAAUACUAUUCUAUAGGAAGUGGAGCAAAAAUUUCUAUUUUGAGACGUUCUAUAGAAGAGGAACACAGGCUGUGCUCCGCAAAAAAUUGUUUUGAUUACAUCGUCCCUAUUUCGUCCUUUUCCGCUUACCACCCUCAGCCACAGUAGCAAUGGCCAAGAGGACUAAGAAGGUCGGAAUCACAGGGAAGUACGGCACCCGUUACGGUGCCUCCCUCAGGAAGAAGGUCAAGAAGAUUGAAAUUUCACAGCAUGCAAAAUACAUUUGCAGCUUCUGUGGCAAGGAGGCUCUGAAGCGCCCGGUGGUGGGCAUCUGGAGGUGCGGCGGCUGCCCGGUCGUAUGGGCCGGCGGUGCCUACGCGCCCCACACGCCCGCCGCCAUCACCGUGCGCGCGGCCACCCGCCGUCUGCGCGAGACCAAGGAGCUCUGAGCUGGAUACCGACCGCGCCGCCGCCCAUCGAUUCAGACCUCACCCACACACCCGGGACGCGCCAUAAUAUACGCUGCCUGAGGUGA